UGUUUUUGGCAAACCGGAAACAGCCCGUUGUGAAUGAUAGUCAAUAUUUAAAUAUCCUUACAAAUCACACAGAAAUAUAAUUCCCGUUUAAAAUGAAUCGGAUUUUCGGUCGUAGCAAGCAGACGCCUCCUCCUAACCUGUCAGACUGCAUAGGCAAUGUGGACACGAGGAUCGAGUCAGUCGAUAAGAAAAUCGCACGAAUCGACGCGGAGCUAAUGAAGUAUAAGGACCAGAUGAAAAAGAUGAGGGAUGGACCUGCAAAAAAUACAGUAAAACAGAAGGCGAUGAGAGUGCUGAAACAAAAGAGAUUGUAUGAGGGUCAAAGAGAUCAGCUCGCCCAGCAGUCAUUUAAUAUGGAACAAGCCAACUACACAAUACAGUCUUUAAGAGACACAAAAACAACAGUUGAAGCAAUGAAGAUCGGAGCGAAGGAAAUGAAGAAAGCAUAUAAACAAGUGAAGAUGGAUCAGAUUGAAGAUCUACAGGAUCAACUGGAGGACAUGAUGGAAGAGGCCAAUGAGGUACAGGAAGCUAUGAGUCGCAGCUAUGGCACACCAGAGAUUGAUGAGGAUGAACUUGAAGCAGAAUUAGAUGCUCUUGGAGAUGAGCUACUGCUGGAUGAUGACAGCUCUUAUCUGGAUGAAGCCUCAUCAGCACCCUCCAUUCCUGAAGGAGUGCCAAGUGACACUAAAACUAAUAAGGAUGGAGUUCUGGUUGAUGAGUUUGGCCUACCACAGAUCCCUGCAACAUAAAGAUGGAUUAACACAGAGCCUGUUCUGUGAUCAGUGUUUUGUUUACAAGUGAUGGAGAAAGUUUUUUCUUUAAAAACUAAACUGUCUUUGCGGGUAUACCGAAGGUGUUUUGAAUUAACUGGCCAGUCUAACACGUGACAUUGUAAUUAACUCUUUAUGUUAGUUCUGUUAGUCAUUGUUUUCUCACUCCAUUAGAUAUGGCAUGCAGCUGCUGUCUUCAGAUUCUACUGACUACUGAUAACAAUAAGUGACAUUAAUGGGAUUGGUAGCAGAAAACAGUCAACCCAUAAGUCAGAAAUGUCAAAAGCUAGUUUGAUAGGCUGAAGGGUUAAAGUAUAAUUUUCUAAUUAAAUGACUAAAUAAUAAUAACAAUAAUAAGGCAUACUAUUAUAAUAAAUGAAAUGCAUUUGUCUAAAUGCUUAUAUUUAUUUUAAUAUUGAUUUUACAUGUGCCUGUCGCCCAUCUGAACAGCAAAUCGAUCAACUGGUCAAUAUUUUUGAACUGUAAAUCCAGUCUAAUUGGGGCAAGUGUACAUUUUAGCAAAACUUUAACAUGGCCUUGGUAUGAUUUUGAUAUUUUAUUAAUGACUUAAAAACCUGUUUUAUGAAAUGUAAACAUUUGAAAUGUGUUAAAUAAUAAUGUAAAUUGCAUCACUAAAGCCUACAACACACUUUAAAGAGAUUCAAUAAAUGGUAUUGGAUAACUCUGAAA